AUGGUUAGCAGGGCCAUGUGCUCCCUUGUCCCCUUCACCGCUUCUGGUUCUGGUAUGCAUGUCGCUUCGCGCGUCGACAUGGAGGGGAGGGGGCGAGAUUGUUUUGUUUCGGCAGAGGCGCUGCGGCGUGGCCUCAAAGGCGCCGUGGCUGCGCUGAUUGGAAUCAUUAGCCGCCAGAUUGCAGCACACAUGCGCCCCUCCCCGUCGCCCGUCGCCCGUCGCCCGUCGCCCGCCGCCAGCCGCCAUGGGGAAACGGGGUGGAGAGAAAAGGCUUCUUGUCAACCGGCCGCCUGCCUCAUCGGCCCGCUCGUUUCUGCUCGUCGAGCCAGGUCAAACGUUGCAGCAGAUGAGGCACUGGUCUUUGCGAUCCUCAGCGCCAUUUGCGAGCAGCUUGUGCGAGGCAAUUGAUUCAUGCAAUGGCGCCGCAUCCUGCAUCAAGACCGAGUGCGAGCUGCAAGCCU